AUGAGCUCAAACAAGAACGCACGCUACAAUCGUUUCUCCAGUGGCACAACGAACAUCACUACUUCCGAAAACACUAACGGGACAAGAAUGGAAACAACUUUUGGGCCAGCUUACUCUGCUGUGACGACCAUCACAAAGCCUGACGGGACCAAUACUUUUAAACAGCAUCGUCGGACCCCAUCCUCCUCCAGCACACUCACCUACUCCCCACGAGACGAGGACGAUGGCAUGCCUCCGAUCAGCACCCCGCGCCGCUCUGACUCUGCUAUCUCCGUCCGUUCAUUGCACUCUGAGUCCAACAUGUCCUUGCGCUCGACGUUCUCACUCCAUGAGGAAGAGGAGGAGCCAGAGCCACUGGUGUUUUCUGAACAACCGUCCGUGAAGCUGUGCUGCCAGCUGUGCUGUAGUGUGUUUAAGGAUCCGGUCAUCACAACCUGUGGGCACACAUUUUGUAGAAGAUGUGCCUUAACAUCUGAGAAGUGCCCCGUGGACAACGCCAAACUGACCGUAGUGGUGAACAACAUCGCAGUGGCCGAGCAGAUCGGGGAGCUCUUGAUUCACUGCAAGUAUGGGUGCCGGCCCGCAGCCAGCAGCAAGCCCGCUGCCUUCGAGGUGGACCCCCGUGGAUGUCCGUUUACAAUUAAACUGAGCGGCAGGAA